AUGGAAAAGCAGGAGCCGCUGAGGAUGGACUACGGGGCGUGUUCCCGAAAAGCCGGGAAGAGAUGUGGCGGGGUCGCCGCGGGCGUCUCUAAGGCCGGCACGGGUGGCGUCUUGACUCCCUGCCCCUCCCGCCGCAGACCUCGGACGGGGGGAAGGGGGCUCCUCCAAGCGGGGAGACGGUCGCCGGCCGAGCAGCAGAGCUCCUGGCCAGCGGAGGGUGCUAUGCUCUGCGGGACCGCCGGGAAGUCCCAGACAAGGUCUGCGGGGGCUCUGGAGGAAAAAAAACGCGCUGUCCCGGACCGUGAAGGGAGCGGCGGGUCGCGGCAGGUGCGGGGUCCCCAAGGCCGCCGGCCAGCUUCCGCGCACACCCCGCGGCCCGGGCCGCCGGCCCCCAACCCCUGCCCGGAACAGGAGAACGCGCCCUUCUCCACGAGGCGUUUCAACCGCUCCGCGCGAGGGGCGCGCGCCUGGGCCAGGCGUGUCCCCUACCCCACGGGCAGCUCGGCCAGGGUGAGGAGUGAAGCCCGUGAGGGAAUGGAGCAUGCGCAUUCGCGAGGGCGAGGCCAAGUGCUGGCAGGGAGCGUGCGCAGUGUGAAGGUACAAUCGGCUACGUGGGAACCCGGGACAUGCUCGAAAUAUUACAACUCCACUGAUGAGAAAACUCACUUCGCUUUCAGUCAAAACCAGAAAUUAGAUAACAGAAAUGCCACACUGUCAACACCGACCGGGAGGAAAGCCUCGCUGCCGGAGACCGCUCAAGGGAGCCCUCCGCGUGUUCUCCCAGCCCGGGUCGCAGGUGGAGGGGGCCUCCUGCAGGGACGGUUCUCCCGCAGACACUCAAACUCCGGGAUGUAAAACCCGUUAAUAAUUGUCAGGGGUCUGUUAAUUGCCAAAUACAGUUUUUGAAAGUUGUAUGCACUAGGUAAAAUAAUUUAUGUAAUGUUUGGAAGUAUGUGAAAGACAGACAUUAGAUUGAUACAAAUUAAAAAUUUGUUGCCAAAUUAA